UGAAAACGUUUUUUUCAUCAGAUUUAUUUUAUACUGGAGCCACUCAUACAACGUUGCUACAUUAUUUUUAUCAGGCAGAUUCCUCUUAUAUUUGAUUAACUUUUUUGUACAUAGUCGCUUGCCCUUGAUUUGUAGUUCUACUCCAGAGUAGGCUAGCUCUUGGAUGACGUGAAGUUAGCACCACACAGCGCAUGCCGCUGGUUUAUGGCAGAAACCCAACAGUGGGCGGCUCCACACGAACGGAUCUGCUGGGAAUCUGGCAUGGGCGGGACAAAAAUAGCGAAUUGGCAACGACGAAGUGGAGACGCACCAGUCAGGAAGAAAGAGGAAAAAGUAGCAGGACUUUCCACAAUGGCAGAUAGCUACUAUGACCAGCUGUUAAAAGACUCUGAGUUCCUUGCAACUAAUCAACGACUGGACACCGAAUUGCUGGAUAAGCUUGUUUUGCAGCUCAACCGAAUUUAUCCUCAGAUACUGAAUGACAAAGAGGCUCACAGAUUCCGGAACCUCAGUGUGCCUACAAGCAUCCGAUUGGCUGAGCUCCUGGCCCACCUUAAGGUGAAAGGGGAGGAGGCGUGCCAUGAGUUCUACAGAGCACUGCACAUCCAUGCUGAGGAUGUGUACUUCAGCCUGCCCACCCGUGUAAGCCGCAGGGAAACGACAGAUCCUGCAAGGACUAACCCUGCUGUUGACCUCGGGGAGAGAUUUGUUCUUAAUGACAGGGGUCCCUGGUUCUUCGUGGGCUGUUUGAGUGUGGCGGUGGGGCUGGCAGUCCUCUAUUACUGUGGUGACAGCAAGGUGUUCGGUGAUCCCCGGAGAGUGCUGGGGUUCACUGCUCUGGGGCUCGGCAGGCAGGCCAAAGAGGUGCUCAUAUCAUAUACAGAUGACACAAACAGGAAGCUGUAGGCUUCAUGGCCACCAAAGGAACUGUGCCAUUGUCAGGGAUACCUGUGAUAACUACAUUUUGCCAUAUCAAAGAAUGGGCAUGAAGGGCACCUGAGGUUCCCUUUUAAUGUGUGUGCAUAUAUUGCAUAUAAUAACUUCUUAUAAUCCCUGGAGUUUUAAAAAGCAAAUGAAUUGUAAGAUUUGUAUUUUAAAUAUGGGAGGUUUCAUAUUAUUUUAUUAAUACUGAAUAUGGUUUUAUAUUUGAAUAUUUAAAUAUUUCUACUUGGUAUUAGGUAAGCAUGGUGCUACAGUACUCUUCAUAAGAGUGAAAAAUGUGCCUGUUCAAAAAUGUGCCUAUUAUAUACUAUAUAUGUAAUUCUCUGUACAUCAGGGGCUGCACUAAAAUCAGUUCUUUAAAAAUGUUUUAAGAAAAGUUUAAAAUGGGGGGACUGCUAAAGUUAGCUGUAAGGCUAAGCUAUGGAACACCUUGAAAAAAUUCAUUUGGCAAAUUCAUUUCAUUAUUUUUCUAUUUAGUGCUAAGCAGCAUGUACGCUAAUGGCUUGAGCUUACAUACAGGGCCUCUGAUUGGUAGAUGAAUUUUGCAUGUAAUCUGUACUGUUACGCUGAUUGAUUCUGAUCUCUUAUACAGUCAUCAUUACCAUGUUAGUGUCUCAGAAUGCUGAGACUCUAAUGUGUACUGCAAUCUCUUUGUGAUGUUGGUUGGUCAGUUGUGGCCUGUCUUGAAAUUAAAGGGACAUUUGCAUUUGUGUGUGGCUGAAUGUAUAAAAAUUAGUUUCCAUAUUUAUUAAAGUCGGAAACAGUUAUCAAUAUCUAAAUAAGAUUUAGUGUUCAGCUGAGUGGAUGUACAUAUAUGAGCCCAGAUGUGUGUGUUAAUGGUAUGCAGUGAAUGAGAGCUUUUUAAUUCCCCACUUGUACUUAAAGCCAGAUGACAACUCAUUAUAAAACAACUGUGGGAUAAUUUAAUUGCAUCCACUAAUGUAGAAUUAUCCUGGGGUUCCUAACAGGUAUAACCCUCCUUACCUUAAUUGUAUGCGUCUUGCGGUUUCGCCUUAUCUUCUCCACUGCCUUUGCAGAAAAAUGGAAGCUUAAUAAAAAGAAACAUCUUUAGAGUCUG